AUGAAGUUAACGCCGGAACUGAUCGAAAGCGGUUACCAAUACAUAAACCGCGCGACACGUGACCGCGAACUGGACCUCCGGGCCUAUAAGGUGACGGUCAUCGAGAACUUGGGCGCCACUCUGGACCAGUUCGACGCCAUCGACUUCAGCGACAACGACAUCCGCAAACUGGACGGCUUUCCGCUGCUGCAGCGGCUGAAGACACUGCUGCUCAACAACAACCGGAUCGGCCGUAUCGCCGAUGAUCUGCACGAGUCGGUGCCCAACGUGGAGACAUUGGUGCUGACCAACAAUCACAUGCAAGAGUUGGGUGACAUCGAGCCGUUGGCCAAGUUGCAGAGGUUGUCGACGUUGUCGCUGCUGAACAACCCGAUCACCACCAAAAAGCAUUACCGCCUAUUCGUGAUCCAUAAGCUCCCGAACGUACGGCUCCUGGACUUCAGGAAAGUGCGACAACGAGAGCGCCUGGAGUCCAAACAGCUGUUCAAAGGCACGAAAGGCAAGCAAUUGGAGAGUGAGAUCGCCGUGAAGUCCAAGACGUUUACGCCAGGAGUGGCCGACUCGAGCACAGCUGCCAAAGAGGUGGCCAAUCGACCCGUGCAUACGGCGGCCGAUGUGGAGGCCAUCAAAGCCGCCAUUUCUAAGGCGCAGACACUCGAAGAGAUCGAGCGAUUGAACCAAUUGCUGAAAUCGGGUUAUAUUCCCGGUAAGAGUGACGCCAACUCACGAUUGGCUCAGAAAGUGACACAAAUGGCGGUCGAGGAGGAAGAGGACGACGAAAUGGACGCCAAUACUAACGGAUAUAAUUUCUUAAGCAUUAGGUUUGAAAACCAAUUGCUGAAAUCGGGUUAUAUUCCCGGUAAGAGUGACGCCAACUCACGAUUGGCUCAGAAAGUGACACAAAUGGCGGUCGAGGAGGAAGAGGACGACGAAAUGGACGCCAAUACUAACGGACAGUAA